AAGUGGGGUUAUUUUGUAAAUUUUAGUAUUUCAAUUUUCCACAAAUUAGGUAGUGCUAAUUAUUGAAAUAUUUAAUCACUUUUUUCUAUUUCUACCUUACGGUCCUCUUCCCUCAACAGCUAUGGUCAUUUCAUGCUCAACCAUCCAUGGCUUCCUUCCACAGUCUUCACUCAAUGAUUUCUUCAGGUAGUUUGUCAGCUUUUCAGGCAGAAAAACCUACUCUUUUGGUGGAAUAAGAUAGGCUCAAGUGUCAGAUCUGAUAACUCUCACUGGCCAACGCCAACGCAGUCAUCAUCCCCAGACCUCGAGGUACGGAGGUUCUUCAUCAAGUUUUAAUUAUUCUGGGAACAUUUAAUUAAUGGAGGGAUUAGUGGGUUCUUCUCAAGUCACGCAUAUUCCUCCUACACAUUGUAGACAAAGUCUCGUACCUUUUGUUCCUGCACUUUCGUUGAAAUUUGCACCAAGUUCGUAUAGAUGCCAUUUCAGGAUGAAGAACCAUCCUAACAAUUCAUUUAACCCAAUCGUUGCUUCAGAUCAACUACUGGAAGAAACCUCAGUCCCUAACCAAUACGAUAACACACAGCCAUCUAAAGGGGUUCUUAAGCUAUGGAGAAAUGCCAAUGCUGUGUGCUUUGACGUGGAUAGCACAGUGUGUGUGGAUGAAGGCAUUGAUGAGCUUGCAGAAUUUUGUGGGGCUGGAAAGGCUGUUGCUGAAUGGACAGCAAGGGCAAUGAGUGGGUCAGUGCCUUUUGAAGAGGCCUUGGCUGCGAGACUUUCCUUGUUUAAUCCUUCUCAAUCUCAAGUUCAGGAAUUUCUUGAAAAGAGGCCCCCAAGGCUUUCUCCUGGCAUAGAUGAGUUGGUCAAAAAACUGAAGGCUAAUGAUAAGGAUGUGUUCCUGAUAUCUGGAGGUUUUCGCCAAAUGAUCAAUCCUGUUGCAUCAAUGCUUUCUAUACCUCCUGUAAACAUUUUUGCCAAUCAACUGUUGUUUGGAAGCUCCGGGGAGUUUCUUGGGUUUGAUAACAGUGAGCCUACUUCAAGAAGUGGAGGCAAAGCUAAGGCAGUGCAACAAAUAAGGGAGGCUCAUAAUUACAAGUCACUAGUCAUGAUUGGAGAUGGUGCAACUGAUCUCGAGGCACGUAAACCCGGAGGUGCUGACUUGUUUGUUUGCUAUGCUGGUGUUCAACAUCGAGCUGCUGUUGCAGCAAAUGCUGAUUGGCUUGUUUUCGAUUUCAAAGACCUAAUAAGUUGCUUGGACUAACUAUAUAACAUGGGUUCUCCAUUGCUAGCCCUACUCCAUUCUUUGCUUUUGUUGUGGUUGCUUGUAAAAACUCGUAUCUGAAUGAAUAAAAAGAGUUUGUUCUUUCCA